UGCGCCGGUCAGAGGGACCAGCCCGUGUGCUGGUGUAUGGCCAUGAGGCCAGCCUGGCUGGAGCAGAAGGAGCCAGCGGGUCAAAGAAACGGAGCUGAGCUCAGAGAGAACCAACCCCAGACUUGUGCUUAUCUGACUCGAGGGCAUUGCUCUGUUUGGGCAUGCCUGGCUAUGGAAUGGAGUUUUGUGAUAAGGGUCCUUCUUGCGUUUGGUGGCUUCCUUGAAGUGGAUCAGUGGGUGCCUGCAGCCUCACAGUUCCUGCUCCCUCCAGCCAUGACUCACAGAAUCCUUCUGCUGACAGUCUUGGCCUUAAGUCAUGGGUUCAACCUGGACACGGAAAAUGCAGUCGUCUUCCAGGAAAAUGCAAAUGGCUUCGGGCAGAGCGUGGUCCAGCUGGAGGGGUCGAGGCUGGUGGUUGGAGCCCCCCAGGAGGUAAGGGCUGCCAACCAAACAGGCGGCCUCUACCAGUGUGACUACAGCACGGGCACAUGUGAGCCUAUCCGCCUGCAGGUGCCCCCAGAGGCUGUGAACAUGUCCCUGGGCCUAUCUCUGACGUUUGCCACUAAUCCAUCCCGGCUGCUGGCCUGCGGCCCUACUGUGCACCAAAUUUGCAAGGAGAACACCUAUGUGAACGGCCUCUGCUUCCUGUUUGGAUCCAACCUACAUCAGCAGCCCCGGAGGGUCCCAGAGACCCUCAGAGGGUGCCCUCAGCAAGAGAGUGACAUUGCCUUUUUGAUUGAUGGUUCCGGUAGCAUCAACCCGAUAGACUUUCAGCGGAUGAAGGAGUUUGUCUCCACUGUGAUGGGUCAAUUCCAAAAGUCCAAAACCUUGUUCGCUCUGAUGCAGUACUCUGAAGACUUCUACACUCAUUUCACCUUCAAUGAUUUCAAGAGAAACCCUUCCCCAGAAUUGCUGGUGAGGCCAAUAAGACAGCUGCUGGGGAGGACUCACACCGCCACGGGAAUCCGCAAAGUAGUAAGAGAACUGUUUCACAGCAAGAGUGGAGCCCGGGAGAAUGCCCUUAAGAUCCUAGUUGUCAUCACGGACGGAGAAAAGUUCGGCGAUCCUUUGGGGUAUGAGGAUGUCAUCCCUGAAGCGGAUAGAAAGGGCGUCAUUCGCUACGUCAUCGGGGUGGGAGAUGCCUUCAACAGUUGGAAAUCUCAUGAGGAGCUUAAGACCAUUGCAUCCAAGCCGUCUGGUGAUCACGUGUUCCGGGUGACUAACUUUGAAGCUCUGAAGACCAUUCAGAACCAGCUUCAGGAAAAGAUCUUUGCGAUUGAGGGUACACAGACAGGAAGUACCAGCUCCUUUGAGUAUGAGAUGUCCCAGGAAGGCUUCAGUGCAGCCAUCACCUCUAAUGGUCCCUUGCUGGGCGCUGUGGGGAGCUUUGACUGGGCUGGCGGAGCCUUUCUGCAUAUGCCAAAGGACAGAGUCAUCUUCAUCAACACCACUAGGGUGGAUUCAGACAUGAACGAUGCUUACUUGGGUUAUGCUGUCGAAGUCAUCUUGCGGAACCGGGUGCAAAGCCUGGUCCUGGGGGCGCCUCGAUAUCAGCACACUGGCCUGGUGGUGAUGUUCAAACAGAAUUCAGGUGCCUGGGAGAAAAAUGCCGACAUCAAGGGCAGCCAGAUCGGCUCCUACUUUGGGGCCUCCCUCUGCUCCGUGGACGUGAACAGAGAUGGCAGCUCCGACCUGGUCCUCAUCGGGGCCCCCUAUUACUACGAGCAGACCCGGGGGGGGCAGGUGUCCGUGUGUCCCUUGCCCCAGGGGAGGGCUAAGUGGCAGUGCCGGGUCAUCCUCCGCGGGGAGCAAGGCCACCCCUGGAGCCGCUUUGGGGCAGCCCUGACAGCGCUGGGGGAUGUGAAUGGGGACAGGCUGACGGACGUGGCCAUCGGGGCCCCGGGGGAACAGGACAACCGGGGUGCUGUCUACCUGUUUCAUGGAACCUCGGAGUUGGGCAUCAGCCCCUCCCACAGCCAGCGGAUUGCAGGCUCCCAGCUGUCCCCAAGGCUCCAGUAUUUUGGGCAGUCCCUGAGCGGGGGCCAGGACCUCACGAUGGAUGGACUGAUGGACUUGGCUGUAGGGGCCCAAGGCCAUGUGCUCCUGCUCAGGUCCCAGCCUGUGCUGAGAGUUGAGGCAUCGAUGGUGUUCAAACCCAGGGAAGUGGCGAGGAAUGUGUAUGAGUGUCGUCAGCAGGCAGCGAAAAGCCAGAUUGCUGGCGAGGUCCAAGUCUGCCUCCAAGUUCGCAAGAGCACAUGGGACCGGCUGAGAGAAGGAGACACCCAGAGCAUCAUCACAUAUGACCUGGCUCUGGACCCAGGGCGCCCCCAUCCCCGGGCCGUCUUUGAGGAGACAAAGAACAAUACACGCAGACAGACCCAGACGCUGGGGCUGAGCCGGAAAUGUGAGCACCUGAAGCUGUGGUUACCGGAUUGCGUGGAGGACUCAGUGACGCCCAUUGUCCUACGCCUCAACUUCUCUCUGGUGGGAAAGCCUGCAUCCUCUUUUGGGAACCUCCGGCCAGUGCUGGCUGUUGAUGCUCAAAGACUCUUCACAGCCUUGUUUCCCUUCGAGAAGAAUUGCGGCAAUGACAGCAUCUGCCAGGAUGACCUCAGCAUCACCUUCAGUUUUAUGAGCCUGGACACCCUGGUGGUGGGUGGUCCUCGGGACUUAAACGUGACCCUGACCGUGAGAAACCAGGGCGAGGACUCCUACAGAACUCAGGUCACCUUCUUCUACCCGUCUGGCUUGUCCUAUCGGAAGGUGUCAGCCUCCCAGAACCAACGCUCCCAGAGAUCCUGGCGCCUGGCCUGUGAGUCUGAUGUCUCCACCGAAGAGUCUACGGCCUUGAAGAGCACGAGCUGUAGCAUAAACCACCCCAUCUUCCCGGACAACUCAGAGGUCACCUUUAAUGUCACAUUUGAUGUGAAUCCUGAUGCUUUUUUUGGAUACAAACUCCUUCUCAAGGCCAACGUGACCAGUGAGAACAACAUGCCCAGCAGCAACAAAACCGAAUUCCAGCUGGAGCUGCCUGUGAAAUACGCUGUCUACGUGGUGGUUACCAGCCUUGAGGUCUCCACCAAAUAUUUCAACUUCACAGCCUCGGAGAAGACCCGCCACGUCAUAGAGCAUCAGUAUCAGUUCAACAACCUGGGCCAGAGGAAGCUCCCCAUCAGUGUGGUCUUCUGGGUCCCCGUUCGGCUGAACCGAGUGACCGUGUGGGACCAGCCCCAGGUCACCUUUUCCCAGCACCUUUCCAGGAGCUGCUCUACCGAGGAGAUCGGCCCCCGUCACUCUGAUUUCCUGGAGAAGCUUCAGAAGACUCCAGUGCUGAACUGCUCCAUCGCUGUCUGCCAGAAAAUCCAGUGUGACAUCCCAUCCUUUGGCAUCCAGGAAGAACUCAAGGUCACCCUCAAGGGCAAUCUCUCAUUUGACUGGUACAUCAAGACCUCGCAUAACCACCUUCAAGUGGUGAGCGCCGCGGAGGUCUUGUUUAAUGAUUCGCAGUUUGCCCUGCUCCCAGGACAGGAGGCCUUUGUGAGGGCCCAGACAGAGACCAAAGUGGAGCCGUACGAAGUGCAUAACCCUCUCCCACUCAUCGUGGGCAGCUCGAUAGGGGGGCUGGUGCUCCUGGCCCUUAUCACUGCCGGACUGUACAAGCUCGGCUUCUUCAAACGCCAGUACAAGGACAUGAUGAGUGAACCUGUUCCUGAACCUGCUGUGCCUCAGUAACGGCUCCUUCCCCCUCAAGUGGCCUCUCCUGCAGCAAAUAGGAUGUGGGUGGACCAAGGAGCAGGUCCCCAGGCUGCUGGACGGACACGUCUGUUAGGAGACCAGGGCAGUGAUGUCUUAGGAGCGACCAGUUUGGGCUUCCAUUCCUCUGUGUGUGUGUGUGUGUGUGUGUGUGUGUGUGUGUGUGUGUGUGUGGGCGCGCCUGCAUGUGUGAGUUGGCUGAGUUGGGUGUGUGACUCAGGGGUGUGUGUGUGUGUGUGUGUGUGUGGGCAUGCCUGCAUGUGUGAGUGUGGCUGAGUUGGGUGCGUGACUCAGAUGUCCCUUGCAUGGGAACAAGUGCCUUCAGCACAAUGUCUCGUGCAGAAGGGAAGUGCUUGGGCUUCCUUUGGUGGGUGGAGGCGCCCUUGACUCUUCCUGGGGGACAGGUGCUUUCUCUUGAGGAGGUGGCGGGGACACAAACGGAGAUGCAGUACAUCCUCCCGGGCUGAAGGUGGCGAGAGCUCCUUUCAUGGGCGCACAUGCAGGCCUGCGGGAGCCUGUGCCGCUGCGGCCAAGACAGCCCGGACAGCCAGCCAGCCAGCCAGCCAGCCAGCUGGAGCCCAUCCAACAUGUGCCACCCGCACUAGAGCUGAUAUGUCCCAUGAGCCAUGAUGCCCCUCCCCGUAUGUCUUCGCUUAUUUAUUAUUUUAACGCUCCUUUUACGUCUUGAAUGGAUGGAUCUGUGCAGAGUAUGAACAUCAAAAGACAAUGCAGGGGCGUGCAGUAAAAAAGCUGCCUUCCAUCCUGUCCACCCGCCCCCGCCACCAGCUGUUCAGGUCACUCAUAAAAGGUAGUCAGGGGUAUGUGUUUUGGGGUCUCCUUCACAAAGGUUCUAGGCACAUGUGCUCGCGCGCGCGCACACACACACACACACACAGGCUAUUGUACACAGAUGGCAGGCUGCAUUAUUUAUACUGCUCUGCGUCUUGCUUUUCUCAUUAAUAUGGCUCAGACAUUGGUUUCUAUCAAGAUGUAAGGUCCUUUUUCGUUCUUUUGUUCAGAAGCACCGUGUUCCACUGUGAAGGUGGAGCACCACGUCCUUUACCAGCCUCCCUCUGGUAAACUAUUCCCAACCUCUCACCACGACCGACAAGGGUGAAUGAAUAAACUGAAUGCAUGUCUUUUUUUGCA